AAGAAGAAGAAGAAGAGUGUGUGAGAGAGAGUUAUUUGACCGAUGGCGGCGAGGAUAAUGGCGGCUUUGGCGUGUAUCUUGGUGAUGCUACGGCUGAGUGAAGCGGCGGUGUAUAAAGUCGGCGACUCAGCAGGCUGGACAACCAUAGCUAACGUAGAUUACAAGCUAUGGGCUUCUACCAAAACUUUCCACAUUGGUGAUACUGUCUUGUUCGAAUACAACCCACAAUUCCACAAUGUAAUGAGAGUGACGCACCCAAUGUACAGAAGUUGCAACACCUCAAAGCCAAUCUCCACGUUCACCACCGGCAACGACUCAAUCACACUCACCAACCACGGCCACCAUUUCUUCUUUUGCGGCGUUCCCGGCCAUUGCCUUGCGGGUCAGAAGCUCGACCUUAACGUCCUCCUCCCGGCCUCCUCCACGCCACUCUCUGAUCCACCAACUUCCUCCUCUCCUCCUCCGCCGACUACUAUUCCUGCAGCCGGAGUACCUGGCCCUUCCCCUAGCCACGCCGCUUCUCCCCCGAGUGUGAUGGCGACUCGAAUCAUAGCCGUGGUUGCUCUCCUAGUCUCUUUGGCCUUUACAAAUUUUGCUUCUUAAAUAGGAUUAUAUAUAUUGGAAUCAUUGCAUGUAAGUUUUUGUUAUGUUUACUUCUCUCUUCCUUAUGUUUUUUUUUUCUUUCAAAUGACUCAAAAUGUAGAGAUGGUCCUUCAACAAUAAAAAUGUGUACUAACG